UUUAGGUCGAAGCACACGUAUAAAGCUUCUUCAGUUGAUGCUAGGAAGUCAGUAGUGUCGAGUGGACUGUAUUAUUAUCAUCUACGUAUCAAUACGAUAAAUAGUAAACAGUGUAAUGAUAAGCCGCAAAAUUGUUAUUUGAGUAUCAUCAUUAAAACGAACCGGAUCCAACGAAGAAUUGUAGAUCGUAGAAUCUUCUCUUAGCAACUUGGAAGAAGAACAAAAAGGGUUGUCCAGUUGAAUGUACAGAAGCUAGUGCAACAUGUGGAAGGUGUUAGCGUUAUUUGCCGUGAUCGUUUCCACUACACUAGGAGAAUUGUAUGAAUUCGAACGAAAUACAAAUGUUCAAUUGCAGGAUUUACAGUCAAAAUACAGUUUUCAAGUGGAUUACACGAAUGAUCAAUUUUUACUCGAUGGUAAACCAUUCCGUUAUGUUUCCGGUAGUUUUCAUUAUUUUCGUGCCCCUAAAGUAUAUUGGCGGGAUCGUUUGAGAAAAUUAAGAGCAGCUGGUUUUAACGCAGUUUCAACAUACGUUGAAUGGAGUUUACAUCAACCUGAAUUUGAUGUUUGGAAUUGGAGUGGCGAUGCAGAUCUCAUCGAAUUUUUAAACAUCGCACAAGAAGAGAACCUUUUGGUUUUAUUAAGACCCGGGCCUUACAUUUGCGCUGAAAGAGACUUCGGUGGUUUUCCAUAUUGGUUAUUAACUCGUGAACCAAAUAUCAAAUUACGUACCAAUGAUAUUAGAUAUUUAAGUUACGUGGAAUUGUACUUGACUACUGUGUUAAAUAAAGUCAAACCUUAUUUAAGAGGCAAUGGUGGACCCAUUAUUAUGGUCCAAGUGGAAAAUGAAUAUGGUAGUUACGCAGCUUGCGAUUCGAUAUACAUGAGCAAAUUGUACGACAUUUUUCAAAAGAUAAUUGGAAAUAAAGCUGUCUUGUAUACAACGGAUGGAAUAAUUGAUAGAAUGAUCCGUUGUGGAUCAGUACCUGGUGCAUACACCACAAUUGAUUUUGGUACUGGUUCUAGUGUAAACGCUAGUUUUGAACUUAUGAGACGUUAUCAAGCUAAAGGACCAUUGGUAAAUUCUGAAUUUUAUCCUGGAUGGUUGACUCAUUGGGAAGAACCAUUUCAAAAAGUUUCAGCUAACGCUGUUAAAAACAAAUUGGACGAAAUGUUGGCCGUUGGUGCAUCGGUUAACGUAUACAUGUUUUACGGUGGCACGAAUUUUGGAUUUACUUCAGGAGCUAAUGGCGAUACCAGAUCGUAUAGUCCUCAAUUAACUUCUUACGACUAUGAUGCGCCAUUGACAGAAGCUGGUGAUCCAACAGACAAAUAUUUUCAAAUAAGAGACGUUAUAUCGAAGUACCUUCCAUUGCCAAAUAUAUCCAUACCUACGGUAUCACCUAAAGGUGACUAUGGUCCAGUAUUAUUGGAACCUGUACUGGAAUUAUUUGAACCAUCGUCAAGAGAAUUGUUUGGGUCUCCUGUAUUACAAUCAUCCGAGGCAAAGACUUUUGAACAAUUAGGAUUACCACAUUGGUUAGUCUUGUACGAAACUAACAUACCAUCAAAUGUUCAAGACCCAAUGAUAUUAGAUGCGAUAACAAAAGACAGAGCAUUGGUAUAUGUCGAUGAUCAACUUGCUGGAACUUUAAGUCGUACCAAGAAUAUCAAUUAUUUAUCAUUAACGAGUCCAUAUUCCCAACGCUUGAAAAUACUCGUAGAAAAUCAAGGACAUCUGAAUUAUGGCAACGAAAUUCAUGAUUUCAAGGGUAUUUUUAACGUUACUAUCAGUGGAAUUCCCCUAUCAUUCUGGAACAUAACAGGAUUUCGGCUAAACGAUUUGAAUGGAUUAAGCAGUUUUAAAACUAAAACAAUUGAAAGUGGUAUCCUUCGAAACGGACCGGUUAUUUUACGUUCAUAUUUCCAAAUAACUGGCCAACCAUUGGACACUUAUCUAGAUACCACAGGUUGGGGUAAAGGUGUAGCAUAUGUAAAUGGUUAUAACCUUGGCAGAUAUUGGCCUUUAGCUGGUCCACAAAUGACUCUUUAUGUACCUGCACCAUUUUUACAUUCCGGUCAAAACGUAUUAGAAGUAUUAGAAUUAGAAUAUCUACCUAAUACGAGAAAAAUGAAAUUUCAGAAUAAACCCAAUUUAGGUUCCACAUAUAUGCACGAUGAAUAUAAUUAAUAGCGUAUGAAUUUAAAAAUUUGUUAAAUAAAAUAAAUAAAUGAAAAUCUGUUUCCCAUAUUUUAUAUACCAUUGUGUAAAGUUUUGUGUUAAGUUUUUAUACCAAUAGGUUUAGCAUACCAAUAAUAAGACGUGUCGAUGUUAAUAUAAGAAUAUUGUGCCAAUAAAUCAAAUACACAUAAUCAUCU